AGUCUGAAAUCCCACCUGCACAUUUGACUUGGGCGACAGGCGCCACUGCCUUUGACCGCCGAACACGCGAUGGGGGGAGUGUGGGCAACAUGGAACAACCGCCUAAACCUCCUGCACGCGCCAGGCAGGAUCGAGGCGAUUCCCGUGUAAACUGGAGGCCGAAGAGGAAGGUCAAAACCGGAUGCCAGACGUGCAAAAUCCGCAAGGUAAAGUGCGACGAGGGCCGGCCUGCAUGUCUGAGAUGUCUGUCGACUGGCCGAGUCUGUGAGGGCUAUGGCAUCUGGGGCGGCGGAGGCCGAGGCGGAAAGGCAGCGCAAGGGAAGACACACAACCCAGACCCUGUUCAGCCCAGCUCAAGUCCUCAAGCCCUGGUUCUCAAAAGCAACGUCGCUCCAGAGAGCCAGCUCGAGCAUGAGCUUCUCGACUGGUUCCGCUACCGGACCAUCGCCAAGCUCCAGGGCCCCUUUCGCUCGCAGUUCUGGCAUGACCUCGUGAUUAGCGCGAGCCUGGAAGAGCCGUCCGUCUUCCACGCUAUGCUGGCUCUCAGCUCGCUCCACAGGGGCGACCCUAAUGCCGACCAAGCACGGGGACGAGCUCGGGACAAGCCCCUGCCCAAGGACCCUGGAAGCGUGGAGUCCUUCACUCUGUCCCAGUACAGCAAGGCCAUAAACCACCUGCUCCAGCCUCGCUUCACCUCCCAGGACAAAGCCGCGCUGCGUGUUGCUCUAGUGGCUUGUAUGCUGUUCACCUGCCUCGAGCUCCUGCGCGGGCGCUACCGGGCAGGCAACAUUCAUCUGCAGAAUGGGAUCAAGCUACUGGCCGUGCUCCAAGGACACGAUCAUAAGCUGCCACGCAGGGGUGUGUCACCCAACCCCAGUUUCAAUCAUGGAUGGAACCGGGACUCAGUCGACGAUUGGCUCACCACCGUUUUCAGUCGCAUGAACCUGUCGGCGGUACAGUUUAGCCAAGGCCGCUGGACGUGUCCGAGGCCAAGCCUGACCCGCCGCCAGUCACCACCGCUCGCCUUUGAGUCCCUUCUGCAAGCCCGGGAUACUCUAGACCGUCUAAUCGCCGAUAUCUUGGGGCUUUCUUGGCAGCCGAAUGCCCUAGCAGAUGGCUCGGCAGACUCGGCCACCGCCGGAAAAGAUCUGCUUGACGAGCAACGGCGGAUCAGGUCGGACUUGGCGGCAUGGCUGAACGCGUACAUGGCCUUUGGCAACGGCGCCCCGGGCCGGCUAGAUGGCCUGCUUGAGAUCGGCUACCAGCUCCUCUUUCUCCACUACAACAUGGCGGCAAUCAUGGCCGCCACGUGUCUGCGGCCCGCCAGCGACGAGAUGGCCUACGACGCCCACCACCACAGCUUCGCCUUCAUCAUCACCCACUCACUCAAGUUUCUCGAGGCCAUCCGCGCCAUCCACGCCUCGGAAGACCCCGUGUACGGAGUCUCGGCGUUUGUGCCGUCGCUGUUCACCGCCGACACGGGCUGGACGCCGCCGCUGUACUUCACCGCCCUGCACUGCCGCGUCCGCCGCGUGCGGCUCGCAGCCAUCCGGCUCCUGCGCGCGCUCCCCGUCCGAGAAGGCAUCUGGGACGCGACGGUGGCGGCGGCCGUGGCAGGGGAGGUCAUGCGCAUCGAGGAGAGUAGCGCGUAUUCCGAGGACGUCGACCUGCCGCAGGUUUCCGACGGCUUUCCGUUUGACGGGACUGCGCGCAACCUGCACCAGCUCACAGAACUCGAUGUACUGACUCACCCGCCGCCGCCGGCCGCGUGCAGGGUGUCCCAUGUCCAGGUCGCCCUGCCCGACAGCCCGCUGGGCAUCACCACGCUGACUUGCAGGCGGGAGAGGGGUGACGGCAGCGGCUACGAGGUCAUUUCGGCGGAAUGUGCCGCAGCUGGCAGUUAACGGGUGGUGAAUUGUGGCGGUGCGGAACUAGAUUAUAGCAAUGUAGUUAAAGAUGACCAAGAAACUCAAGUUACUAAAAUAAUUGACUGUUUGCUCAAAGUGGAAUAUGAGAUGAACGCUCAUGACAGCAGCUGUGUUGAUGCAACUGCGCCAAGGGGUGAUCCUUGUACCAGAUUCUCGAGACAUCCAUCUCUCGCUUGCCUAACAGAAGUGGCAGAAACGCUAAAAAAACAUUCGGGGAUUGGACUGUACCUAGAAUCGGGC